CAGGGCAGAGUGCGUUGUUGCAGAGUCACUGCGAAGUGGUUCGUGUGUAAACAAGAUGUUCGAGAAAGAAAAGUCUGGAACUAGCCAAGUAAAUACUGCUUUUGAAAGUAAUAAUAGAUUAGAAUGAAACUGAAUUGAUUGUAGUGCGAUGCUUGUGGAAAGCUAAACCUAAUCGAAAAAUUCAAUAACUCGCGUCUGUCGCGAAGACAAUCGAUGAGACAUUGCUAACCGAGUUAGCUACUUUAGCUAGCCACCUCACUGUUGCUUAAUAGCUUGCUGCAUUUGAGGCCCGUUUGUCGCAGCGCCUGAUAGACCCUGCAUGUCCAGGCCAUCCUCAAUCUGGACUGUGGACAGGAGAUCCUGAGUUGUCAUCCACGUGAAAAGUAAACAGACGCAGAGUGCAUCACCCAUGGAGCUAUAAAAGAACAGGGCGAUCAGAUCUUCUCCCUGUGUGAUCACAUUACCUUCUCUGUCGGCUGUGUCAUCACACACUCCACGCAACAUUGUCCCUGACUGGGAUAUUUGGAAUGCAACUCGAGCUGGGUGGCUGGUCACUACAACCUCCUCCCACUAUGGAGGCAGGAGGAAAAGACUGUGAGGACGAGACCCUACAAACUGCCUUUAAAAAGCUCCGGGUAGAUGCUGAAAGCUUGCCUGCCAAGCUGCACGUCUGUGAGACCAUCACUCCAAGAGUGGUUAGCCGAGCCUUUCUAGAGGGUGCCAAGCCCAAACUAAGCUGCCCCAAGGAGAACUGGCAUGGUAGUUGUAUGAGGAAGACGUCAAGAGGAGCCGUGAGAAGCCAAAGACGCCGGAGAUCCAAGUCUCCCAUUCUCCAUCCUCCAAAGUUCACCUACUGUGCUUCCAAGAUGUCGCCCUUACCUGGCCACCUGAAACACAAGAGCCUGCCAGAGGCUGAGGGUUGCAGCUCCUCCCUGGAGAUCCCCGCCAAGAAGGAACUGCUCUCCUCGGGCCACUCCUCCCCUGUGUUUGGCGGUGCUGGCUAUGAGCCCCACACCCCCGCUGCCUCUGGGGAAGGCCCCACAGCCAGGCUGGAGGGCAGCCCCAGACAGCCCCUGUCUGACGACAAGGGUGUCCCAGAGGCAGCUCACUGCGUAGGGGCUGAAGCCAAAACGGGAGCUGUGCCCUCUGACUUCAGGUCCCUGUCAAAGCUCCACGAGGGCGGGGGCCCGUGCACCUGCGCUCAGAGCGAGUGCCAGUGCCCCGGCUGGCAGGGCGUAGAGGUCUACUCCUUCACGGGCCUCCGUAACAUCCUCUCAGAGUGCGAGAGGAACCUGGCGAGCCCAGAGGAUACGUCCCAGACCUCCCUGCAACAGAGAACUCAGACCGAUGGGUCCACCACAUCAACCUCCCCGCGUUCCUGUUCCGAACAGGCUCGGGCCUAUGUUGAUGACAUCACAAUAGAGGAUCUUUCUGGUUACAUGGAGUACUAUCUUUAUAUUCCCAAGAAAAUGUCACAUAUGGCAGAGAUGAUGUAUACUUAAAUAAGUAAUGGAAAAAAUAUAUACAUUUUGGGGGGUGGCUUAAGGAAUGGUUAGGCAUGAAGUAAUUUAAAUAAGGUUUAACUGUUUAUUUCCCCAGUUUCUCCAUUCUCUUCUUUGCAACUCCAGUACCAGAGCUGAAAGACGCAUUGUAUUUUUCUUAUUACUUUUGAAUUAUUUGUUUUCUUUAAAGUUUUCAUGAUUGUCCUUAUUUCUGGUUGACAAAUGAAGUUGCCAAAGCUCUAUCGCAAAAAGUGCAUGUGGGAUUUGUUGGUAUAUGCAAAGCAAACUUGUAAUGCCAAGUGUGAUUGUUUUCCACGGCCAAAGAGGUUAAUUGUCUGGAGUUUCCAUUUCACUCAAUAAAACAUUUUUGUUGAAAACAGA